AUGGAAGAUAAUCAUGUGCCGCGACAGAAAUGUUUGUCCACUGAACAUAAACACACAAAAACUGGAAGGAAGAAUCCAUUGAAUAUCAAAAAGUGUACAUUCAUCCUUUUUAUUAAAAUUAGUAUCUACGCCCUUUUUAUCUGCUCACUAUACUAUUCCAACCAUGAUAUUUUCUCCACCCCCCCGAACACCCAAUACAAACAAUGGAACAAAGCCAGUGUUAAGUCUGGCGCAUUAAUGGAACAGGGCCCGGCCUAUAUUAAUAAAUACUCUAAGUUUAACGAAUAUUCAAAAUUAUUUCAUGUGCAUGAUGAUUAUCCAAGAUUUAAUGAAAGAACAUAUUUCGGAAGGAAUUUAGCAGAAUUGAAAUCAGAAGGGGAUGAAAGGGCAUUAACACAACUGCACAGUGCAAUUUCCGAAAUUAAAAAUGGAGACAAAUAUUUUUUAGAUCAAAAUUAUCGUUCUUUAGAAGAAGAGAUAGAAGACUAUGAUACGGGCAUAUAUUUUCAUAACAUAGUGACAAAAAUACCUGGGGGAGUAAUAGAAGAACACACUGAUGAGAUAGAAUAUUACGAAGCAAUGACUGAAAAUGACGAUCCAGCGAUGGAUUACCCUGACGAAGAACUCAUAUAUUUUGACCCUGAGAUAGAUGAGCAUGAAGAAUUGGAUGAAGAAGAACAGCGCCUUAAAAAAUAUUUAGAUUCCUUUCUGGAUGAUGAAGUACACUUAAAAAAUAUUCAUGAUUUUAUACAAGAAACCGAAGAUUGUGUUAGGAAAUAUAAAAAAAAAAAGUAUGAUUUUUUUAACUAUAUUGUAGAACUUAGGAAAAAAUUCAAUAGAAUUAUUAAGAGCAUUAAACAUCGUUUGCUGAAAUUCAUGACAUAUAACAAACAUUAUCUCAUUAAAGUGCUAGUAUCUACUAUCACCCGGCUCCUUUCCAUAUUGUUUCUGUGA